AAAUAGCUGGGGGCCUGCGCGUCCCUGGCUCCCUGCUCAAAAUAUCUCAAGCGGGCUGGCGGCAGGCGCCGAGGGAGCGGCGGAAGCCGCCGCACACUGAGACUCUCUGCUGAGGCCGCCCUCACCACCACAUCCUCCUCCCGCUCGGGGAGGGGAGAGCCCCGCACCCCAAACCCUCCGACCGGGGCCCGGCCAGAGCGGGUUGGCGAGGGCAGCCGCAGCCCGUGCCGGGGGGACGUGGCAGCCGCUGGCGCUGGGCACGGCGCUGCCGGUGCCGCCCCACCCCUGCCGCGGGCACCGGCCGCCGCUUCGCCAGGCACCGGCACCCCCGAGCAGGGCUGCGGCAGCACCGAUGGCCGCGGAGGCUCUCACCCCGUGGCCCGGCAACGGCAGCGGGGCCCCGUGCCCCGUGGACACCGCCUUCACCCAGCGCUUCUUGCCUGCCGUCUACCUGGUGGUGAUCCCCCUGGGGCUGGCGGGCAACGGGCUGGGGCUGUGGCACCUCUGCACCAGACCCCGGCGAGGCACCCGCCAUCCCCUUGGCCUGCUGGUGGGCAACCUGGGCCUGGCCGACCUGCUGUACGUCAGCACGCUGCCCUUCCUCGUCAGCUACUACCUGCGGGGCAGAGUGUGGCUCUUCGGGCACGGCUGGUGCCGGAUCACCAGGGGCCUCUUCCACCUCAACCUCUACGCCAGCAUCGGCUUCCUCACCUGCAUCAGCGUCCACCGCUACCUGGGCAUCGUGCACCCGCUGAAGGCACGGGGCAGGUACCAGGGGGCAACCUCUUCCGUGUGGCUCAGCGCCGUGGUCUGGGUGUGGGUCGUCGCGCAGGUGGUUCCCGAUUUCGCCUUCAGUAAGAUGGACAGCACGGGGAUGCGGUGCCACGACACGACGGGGCACGAGAACCUGGGCGUUUACUUGCUGUACACCACGGCCAUCACUGUGACUGGGUUUGUCAUCCCAUUCCUCAUCAUCAUCGGAUGCUACUGCCACGUGGUGGUGGUGCUCUGCAGGAACAGCACUGUGGACCUCAGCCUCCGGAGAAGAAGCAUCAGUCUGGUGAUUCUCGUGAUGGUCCUCUUCUCCAUUUGCUUCCUCCCCUACCACAUCUUCAGAAACCUCAACUUGUUAUCUCGACGCUGGCAGCUGCAAGGGUCCUGCACACAGGCUUUAAAGAACAUCUACGUUUCCUACCAGGUGACCCGGGGUCUUGCCUGCUUCAACAGUGCCCUCAAUCCCCUGCUUUAUGUGAUGACCAGUGAAGACUGCUUGUCACGUAUGAGGACCAUCCACCAAAGAGUCAGGCAGUCCCUGGGGUCCACCUCUUCCCAGGUGGAUAAGAAGAUGGGCAUCAUUCUUUGUGAGGAGGAGGCUUCUGAUGAGCUCUGAGCUACCCAACACCCCCUCCAAAGGAUGCACCACUUCAGUUUGCACUUAGCCCCUUCUUGGGAGCAGCCCCUCUACCUUGAUGCCCGUUUUGUAGAGGCGGUGACUGCAGCAUCACUGGCCACAUCUGUGAGCAAACUCGGACCAUGUUUUAGAGAAAAGCUACUCAACCCAACCAUUUUGCCUACUGUAUGCCUGGAGAUGGAAAGAAUUUAAUAUUGUGUUUACUCCAGUCCUGAAGUAUUUCUCAGUCCUCCAGUGCAGCGGUCCAAGCGGGUUAACAUUCCCCUGGUUCCCCGGCUGCUCAUCAAGCUCCUCAAUGAAUGAGGGAUAGGGGUGAACGAUGCCUUGUCCCCCCCCACUGCAUCUCUUCUUCCCCACAGGACAUGGGGUUGAGACAGGAAUCCUUCCUCGCCUAGGGAGAGGGCUCUGGUAAUUAACUACCUACAUCUCAGGACAGCUGAGAGGGUAAAUUUUUGCAGGGGGGGGAAGUGCUUUGGGAAUGGAAAUAUUCAUAAAAAUAUCAGCUUUUAAAUAUAUGACUAAGCUGUGCCAGUUCCUGAGUUAGUUGUUCUUGGGUGACUGAGCUGCUUCAGGCUCUGUGUUAUCCUCUACUGCCCACCUCCUUCUCAGAAGAAAAAAGAAUUUUAGCAUUACUCACUUCUGGAAGAGCGUAUAGCAGACAACAAAUUGGCAUUUUAAAGUUUCUGGAGGCUGUUGAUUGGAAGUUUUUUUUUGCAAGGCGAAUGACUGCAGUAGCCUGAACCGCUGCUUUCAGCAGGCAAAUCCCAGGAGAGUUCUGAAAUCUUCAGGUGGGUGUCUUCAUCUAACUCUUUCAUUCAACCUUGUGAGAGGAUUAGAUAUGUCUAUUAAAGAUUAGACAUG